AUGCCCCUCCCAAAGUGUCGCCCAGGCUUCACGGACCACAUCUUCAAGACGGCUGCCGGUGUCCAGCUUCCUCUGCGCGUGUGGCCGCCAGCAAAACCCAAAGCCGCCUCCGCAGCCAACGGUCCUGAGCGCAAGGGGGCUCCUUGGCUCCUCUGGAUUCACGGCGGUGGGUAUACGUGCGGCAAGUGGUCUGCGCCGACGAGCUGGGUGUCCAGCGCCUUCGGGGACCGCGGGUAUGGUGUCGUGUCGGUCGGGUAUCGCCUGCAGCCCCAGGCCUCGAUGUUGGACAUGGUGCAGGACUGUGUCGACGCUGCCGCGUGGUGCCAUGACCACGUAUCGCCCCUCGGACUCAACCCCGACCGAUGGGCUGUGGGCGGCGCCAGUUCGGGAGCAACGCUAGCGGCCAUGGUCGCGCUCCGCGCGACACACAAGCCCCGCGCAUUCGUCAACGUCUAUGGCCUCACCGAUACCGAGCACUACCUCGACGACGAGGCGGUCCGUGCGCCUCCACCCGACGACUACGUCAUGUCCACCGACGACGAGCUGGCCGAGCUCGUGCAGGACUGGGAUGCCAGUAACGCAUCCGUCCAAAACCCAUGGGCUAGCGAGAUGCCGCCGACAGUGUCGCUCGAAGACGCGCGCGCCGCCUUUGGACUUGAAGACUGGGAGCCGACACGGGAACAGUUCGUCCGAUCAGACCUGUACUCAUACGUCGCCAAGAACCGCAACCUGAUGGAGAUUGUGUACCGGCGCAGCAAGUUUGGGACGGAUACUGCGUUCCGCGAACAUGUGCGGUCCCACUCGCCAUACCAAGUACUUCAGAAACGAGAGACGUUUUUGCCCACGUUCUUCAUGCACGGCACGGGCGACAAUAUUGUGCCGGUGGUGCAGAGUUGGAAGUUUGCCGAACGCCUGGUCGAGAUGGAUGUCGACAUUGCCGAGGUGUACGACGAGGGCAAGGGACACGUAUAUGACUUGGGGUUCGAGGAGGGAGAUGAGGGGUGGAAGAAGAAUGUUGAGCCUUGCAUGGCAUUCGUCGACCGUCAUCUAAAGUAG